GGAAAAUGGCUAGCUAGCUAGCGAGAUGUUUUUUUUGUUCUUCGGCAAUGUAUCAAUACAACAAUGUUAUUAUAGCAUAAUCGUUGUGGCACGGGAACAUUUGUAGCAAGUCAUCGCGUUAAUAUAAAUGUAUACAUUGUGUCAUGUUUGCUUGUGUUGGCAUGAAUUGUCUGGCCCGGGCAUUUACAAGGUCAAUUAGAGAAAACAGCUCGUGGUAACACUGUUCUAACAUGUCAUUCAUGAAGGACCAGUGCUAUCCGGGGUCCAUUGGACGUCCCUGCCCUUGAUCGUGAAUCUCAGUUCGAUUACACACUAUCCUCUCACCAUUACAACAGAGGUUCGUUUAUCUAUAUCGGGUCCGGAUGGGAGAGCCCUAGGUUAAUUUCGGAAUUUAUAUCUGUAUUUGUGAUAAUGAUUUCCCUUUGUAGCCAAUUCAAUUUGGUGACAGAAUUUUAAGUUUUAAUCACUUAAUAAUUCAUAAGCCAUAUAGCUAUCAGUAAAAACGUGUAUUAACGGGAAGGUCUUAGUUCACACAAGAAAAGGUAGACUAUCAUUAUCAUCCCUGCAUGAGAGAAAUAAGAAAAUAUCUUAAAGAUAUGUGGGUUUUUGGUAACAGAAUUAAAGGAAUACUUCGGGAUUUUGGCAAUGAGGCCAUUCAUCUACUCCUCACGAGUCCGACGAACUCGUGGAUACCGUUUUUAUGUCUCCGUGUCCAGUAUGAAGGUAGUUUCGUGAGCCAAUGCUAACUACCGUUAGCGCAAUGAAUGGAAGUCUAAUGGGUAUAUAGACUUUCAGUCAUUGCGCUAUCGCUAGGUAGCAAUUGUGCUAGUUAGCAACUUCCUUCAAACUGUACGCAGAUAAAUAAAAUGGUAUCUAUAAGUUCUGACUGAGGAAGUAUAUAAAGAGCCUCUGCCAAAAUCCCGAAGUAUUCCUUAAAGGUCCAGGGCAAUGUUUCUUAAACGUACACAAGGCAAAUAAUUUCUCAAUAACUAAAUAUUUAAGUUAUUAGUUGGCAGGGGUCUUCAGCAUUGUUAUGUUUUGAUGUAUUUCUUGCACCUGUUUAAAGGGAUAUUUAGGCAACGAGGCCCCUUUAUCUACAUCCCCAGAGUCGGAUGAACUCGCGGAUUUUUUCGAGACAAUCCUAACUAGCGUUUGCGCAAUGACUCGAAGUCUAUGGUAUCUGCUAUCAUACUAGCAGAUACCACAGACUUGACUGGAAAUCAAUGGCAGGGUUUCCCAAACUCGGUCCAAAUAUAAAAGCCUUUGCUUAUCCCUAACUUUUAGGAUGGAAAAUCUUUGAGGUGGUUACAUAUGCCGUAAUUUCUCAAAUAUAGACUCCUAACUUUCAUUUGACACCAGAUUUAACAUGCUCCCAUGAACUUCACAUGUGCUUUUCAAUUAACGGUGUGUUUUACUAUCUCAACCCGCUUCAGAUGCUGACAGACUUGGGUGGGGCUGUUUUGGAUGACACGCAGUGAAAUAACAGAAGAUAUUCUGUUAUAACAGAAGAUAUCUACUCAACCUAGGGAUUCAGGUCACAAUGACCAAGCCUGACUCGAAGAGGAGCAGCAUGGCGCUUGUCACUGGCAAACCUGCCAAUGCUGCGGAGGAGCAGGUCAAUAAUGUCUCAUCGGACCCGUCAGUGUCCGGUUCUCCCCACCACGCAGUGACCCCGGCGACUCCAACCAAACACAAAUCUGCUAAACAAGUUUCCCGAGACAACCUUUCUAGGCGAAACACGGAGUCUGAAGUAUUCGAUGACGGAACCAACACCUUUUUCUGGAGAGCACAUACAGUCACUGUGCUGUUCAUUCUCACAUGCGUGUUGGUCUAUGUCACUCUGUUGGAGGAGACACCCCAGGAUACGACGUACAACACUAAAAGAGGGAUCGUGGCCAGUAUCCUUGUGUUCCUCUGCUUUGGAGUGACUCAAGCCAAAGAUGGCCCGUUCACCAGACCACAUCCAGCAUACUGGCGCUUCUGGCUGUGUGUCUCCGUUGUCUACGAGCUAUUCCUUAUCUUUGUGCUAUUCCAGACGGUCCGUGAUGGGAGACAGUUUAUGAAGUACAUUGACCCCAAACUGGGGGUAGCCCUGCCGGAGAGGGACUAUGGCGGCAACUGCCUCAUCUACGACCCGGGGAACACUACCGACCCCUGGCAUAACAUCUGGGACAAGAUGGAUGGCUUUGUCCCAGCGCACUUUCUUGGCUGGUAUAUUAAGACACUUGUGAUCAGAGACUGGUGGAUGUGUAUGAUCAUCAGUGUGAUGUUUGAGUUCCUGGAGUACAGUCUGGAGCACCAGCUCCCCAACUUCUCUGAGUGCUGGUGGGACCAUUGGAUAAUGGAUGUGCUGGUGUGUAAUGGCCUGGGGAUCUACGCUGGGAUGAAGACCUUAGGCUGGCUGUCUAUGAAGCCCUACCAGUGGCAGGGGCUGUGGAACAUCCCCACAUACAAGGGGAAGAUCAAGCGCAUGGCCUUCCAGUUCACACCCUACAGCUGGGUCAAGUUUGAGUGGAAGCCUGCCUCCAACCUACGCAGGUGGCUGGCUGUCCUGGGAAUCAUCUUCAUGUUCCUGCUGGCGGAGCUGAACACCUUCUACCUGAAGUUUGUGCUGUGGAUGCCUCCGGAGCACUACCUGGUGUUGCUUCGCCUCGUCUUCUUUGUCAACGUGGGCGGCGUGGCCAUGAGGGAGAUCUACGACUUCAUGGACGACCCGAAGUUCUAUAGGAAGCUGGGGCAGCAGGCUUGGCUGGUGGCAGCCAUCACCGUGACCGAGUUCCUCAUCGUAGUCAAAUACGACCCCAGGACCAUCAUGCUGCCCAUCCCCUUCUUUGUCACCCAAUGCUGGUUCCUGGGCAUCGUCCUCAUCCUCAGCUGGACAUUGUGGCGCUUCUUCAUCCGUGACAUCACUCUCCGCUACAAAGACGCUCGCCGACGGAAGCAGGAGGUCACGGGGGACUGCGGCCGUCCCCAUGGCAACGGUGGCACGGCAACCCCGUCGGGACGCGGCAACGGUGGCACGGCAACCCCGUCGGGACGCAGCAAACUCAACGGCAUCUCCGAGUCACUCCGACACAGGAAGUCCUGAGAGGCGGAGCCUGCCGCUGGUAGGGGGUGGGGAAAGGGACAAAAAAGAGCCGCGCUGCAGCGCCAUACACACACACACACAGGUCACCUGGAUCACAAGUGUAGAGGUGUUAGGAGAGGUGUGUCUGGGGGAAGGGGGAUGUUGUUCCUGUGCCUACCUGAACAAUGUCAUAGUCAUUCCUGUGCUGGCUUUUCACUGUUAACACUAAUCACAGAACAUAACACCGAACAGGGAUUUGGGGUUGUGGUGUCGGCUAGCUAUCCCAUACUACAGGGAUUUACCUCAUGUACGUUUAUUGUGUAAUCGUGCUGGGAACUUUACGGGCGGCGAUUUUCUUAUUCUGUUAUGAGUUGAAAUUGAAUUGGGUCAAAUAUGAUUAUUGUUUUUGUUUGCGAAACUGGGAUCACAAAGGGUAUUGGGUUGGGACAGAUGAUAGAUUUUGUUUUCACCAUGGCAGAAUUAUGUUAACUUAAAAUGUAAUCAGGAUGAAGCAAGGGUUGGGAGGGAGAGGAGCAGAACCCCCAAGGGGCCAGCAGACAUACUUACUUACAAGCUAAACAACAGCCAAAGCUUUGAACUCAUCCCUGCUCAAGCCAUAUUCUGCUAAAGCAGGGUUUCCCAAACUCGGGCCCGGGACCCCCCCCCUGGGUGCAUGUUUUUCCUCUUAACACUACACAGCUGACUCAAAUGAUCACAGCCCGAUGAUGAGUUGGUUAUUUGAAUCAGCUGUGUAGUGCUAUGGCAGAAACAGAACGUGCACCCAGGGGGCGUAACCAGGAUGGAGUUUGGGAAACCCUGGUCUAAACCAUUUGGGUUGUGCCACUCAACCUGCGCUCGGGCAAUUAAGUCAACCGUGCAACCGUUAUAUCAUAGUAACGUGUGGUAAUGAUGGCUGUAACAUGACAGAUGAUGGUAUUCGAACCAAAUUGGACUCAAAGGAGGGAUGCAAAGCCGGCCCCCCCAAAAAAAGCUUUAAAUACAGAAUGAACGUCUGUACAAUUCUAAAUGUCCUUAAAGAAUGCGGGGCGCACACACAGCCAUUGGAGAAAUGUUAACCAUGUCUGACACACCUGUUUUUAAUUAGGCUCUUUAAGGUCUUAAUUAAUCACACUGGCGUCAUUCAUGGGGAAACGCGUCUCGGAAUAGCCAAAAGCCAGGUGACGGGUACCAAUUAGCGUGGGCUUUCAAGUUGAAGUGGUAGCUACAGUAUUACAUAACCCGUUGCCCCUCGCCGCACUGUUUGUUCAUCACGGGCGAAUAUCGAGCCGAGAUGACACGAAGGGACUUCUUUUUGCGUGGAGAGGUGUCCACAUUGUGGAUGUUGGCUACAGACUGAAUCCACUUGUGUUGGCGAUCACCUUCCCAAUAAAUGAGGGAGAGAAAAAAGCACAUCACAAAGAUGAGACUAAAAUGGGCAGUCUUUCUUUGCACUGCUCAGAGCUCGAUGGUGACUCUUGCUGGGACAUGAGCUUCGGCACCUUGGUUCCGUCUGUAAUUACAAGCGCCAUCCGGUGUAAAAUAACUAGUUGUGAGUCGCAAUAGGUAUUACAGUGUGUAUGUCACUGGAUGGAGAGUAGAGGACUUGUGCUAAAAUUGUUCCAAACCGCCUGUUGACCUAGAACAUGCUUAAUGCCAUUUAUAAUAUAUUGUGAAUGUAAUACCAGCAGCUCUAAACCUUAAAUGAAGGCGGCUUCUCAUUAAACACCAAUUAUUUAACAUGUUAUGUGGUGGUUAUAAACUGGGCUGUAGUGCAACUUAGAGUCGGAGAGGAGUUUAUCGCCAUUUGAAGUCUACAUAUAUAUAUUUCUCAAAAGUUUCCUUUUUUUAAAUUGUAAUGCUUUCCCUCUCUCCUUCCAGAAAUGUUUCUGAACAUUUUGCAUAUAUGUAUGUAUAGUGUAUAUGUGUGAUGUAUGUGUCUAUAUAUGUAUGUAUAUGUGUAUACAUGUAUGUAUGUGUGUGUCUGUCUGUGCACAGUACCAGUCAAAAGUUCGGACACCUACUCAUUCAAGGGUGUUUCUUUAUUUUUACAAUUUUCUACAUUGUAGAAUAAUAGUGAAGACAUCAAACUAUGAAAUAACGCAUAUGGACUCAUGUAGUAACCCAUUUUUGUUUUUUAACAAAUCAAAAUAUAUUUUAGAUUCUUCAAAGUAGCCACCCUUUGCCUUGAUGACAGCUUUGUACACUCUUGGCAUUCUCUCAACCAGCUUCACCUGGAAUGCUUUUCCAACAGUUUUGAAGGAGUUCCCACAUAUGCUGAGUACUUGUUGGCUGCUUUUCCCUUCACUCUGCUCAUCCCAAACCAUCUCAAUUUGCUUGAGGUCGGGUGAUGGUGGAGGCCAGGUCAUCUGAUGCAGCACGCCAUCACUCUUGGUCAAAUAGUCCUUACACAACCUGGAGGUGUGUUGGGUCGUUUGUCCUGUUGAAAAACAAAUGAUAGUCCCACUAAGUGCAAACCAGAUGGGAUGGUGUAUCACUGCAGAAUGCUGUUGUAGCCAUGCUGGUUAAGUGUCUCUUGAAUUUAAAAUAAAUCGGACAGUGUCACCAGCAAAGCACCAUAACACCAGUUCCGUGCUUUACGGUGGGAAAUACACAUGCGUAGAUAAUCCGUUCACCCACACCGUGUCUCAAAAAGAAACGGCGGUUGGAACCAAAAAUCUCCAAUUUGGACUCCAGACCAAAGGACACAUUUCUACCGCUCUAAUGUCCAUUGUUCAUGUUUUUUGGUCCAAGAGAGUCUCUAAUUCUUAUUGGUGUCCUUUUAGUAGUGGUUUAUUGACACCAAUUCAUCCAUGAAGGCCUGAUUCACACAGUCUCCUCUAAACAGUUGAUGUUGAGAUGUCUGUUACUUGAACUCUGAAGCAUUUAUUUGGGCUGCAAUUUCUGAGGCUGGUAACACUCAGGAUCGUCCAUUCCUGUGGCAGUCCUCAUGAGAGCCAGUUUCAUCAUAGCUCUUGAUGCACUUUGAAGAAACUUUUAAAGUUCUUGAAAUGUUCCGUAUUGACUGACCUUCAUGUCUUAAAGUAAUGAUGGACUGUCGUUUCUCUUUGCUUAUUUGAGCUGUUCUUGCCAUAAUAUGGACUUCGUCUUUUACCAAAUAGGGCUAUCUUCUGUAUACCACCCCUACCUUGUCACAACAUAACUAAUUGGCUCAAAGGCAUUAAAAAGGAAAGAAAUUUCACAAAUUAACUUUUAACGAUGCACCCCUGUUAAUUGAAAUCUGUUCCAGGUGACUACCUCAUGAAGCUGGUUGAGAGAGUGCCAAGAGUGUGCAAAGCUUUCAUCAAGGCAAAGGGUGGUUAUAUUUUGAUUAGUUUGACAGUUUUGGUUACUACAUGAUUCCAUAUGUGUUAUUUCAUAGUGUUGAUGUCUUCAUUAUUAUUCUACAAUGUAGAAAAUAGUAAAAAAUAAAGAAAAACCUUUGAAUGAGUAGGUGUUUUAAAACUUCUUACCGGUAGUGUGUACACGGUGCCUUUGGAAAGUAUUCAGACCCCUUGACCUUUUCCACAUUUUAUGUUACGGCCCUAUUCUAAAAUGGAUUAAAGAUUUUUUAUUUUAUUUUGCAAUCUACACACAAUACCUCAUAAUGUCAAAUGUAUAAAUAAAAAAACUGAUGCCUUAUUUAAGUAUUCAGACCCUUUUCCAUGAGACUCGAAAUUGAGCUCAGGUGCAUCCUGUUUCCAUUGAUCACAUGCACUGUCAACUGUGGGACCUUAUUUAGACAGGUGUGUGCCUUUUUCAAAUCCUGUCCAAUUAAUUGAAUUUACCACAGGUGGACUCAAUCAAGUUGUAGAAACAUCGAGGAUGAUCAAUGGAAACAGGAUGCACCUGAGCUCAAUUUCGUGUCUCGUAGCAAAUGGUCUGAGUACUUAUGUAAAUAAGGUAUUUCGUUUUUUAUUUGUAAUACAUUUCUAAAAACCUGUUUUCACUUUGUCAUUAUGGGGUAUUGUGAGUGUGUGUAGAUUGAUGAAGGCUGUAAUGUAACAAUGUGGAAAAAGUCAAGGGCUCUGAAUACUUUCCAAAUUAGUUUUUUUAAAUUGGUUUCAGAACAUUUUUGCCCCAUUUGAAUGUGCAGGCUGCCUGUACAAAGUACAACAAAAAAACACUGUUUAGCUGAAGUAUCCCUAAUUCUGUACCUGUUUUCUUGUACUAUGUCAUAUGUUGGAGUGUCUUGAAGAUGACACUAAGAAUUUCGUUUUAUUUUUUAUUAUUUUAGGCGUGGGCCUGGGAAUUCAGUCUACCGUGCCCGUUGCUAAGGAUCAGAAUUUCAAUCCAGGAAACUGAUGAUUGAAAUUCAAAGUAUUGGCUUGAUAAUUGUUGUUUUCUAUGUUUACUUUUCAAAUGACGGCACUGAAAUGGGAUUGAUCCCCAAACCUGCUUAUUCUCCAAAAGCCGACCCCAAGCAACAGAGACUAGAGCCUGGUUUCAAUGAUGGACUCUUUCGGCAUAGAGGAACUAUGCCACUGCCUACGUUGAUAGGGGGGGGGGGGAAUCUGGGGACUCUCCCAACUAAUCACGAGGCAGACAUGCCAAAACUUUGUGAAUCAAAAGUUGCCGCCAAAAUCUAUUUAGUAUUUUAUUCAAGGGGAUAAAGUAGUGGCAUAAGCAGUGAUGUAGUUCCUCUAUGCCAAAAGAGACCAUCAUUGAAACCAGAACCUAGUCAUUGACCACUUUUACAUGCGCACCAAUAUCCCGUUAUUAUUCAGGAUACUGAAGUGUACUGUUUUUGAGUGUAUGCAUAUGAACGUCAUAUCCCAUUUAUAAUAACCUGAAAAGGCUUGUAUCUCGGUUAUGAGGAACCCGGAUAAGGUGUCUGGGAUAUGCUGAUCUUAGACGGGAUAUUGGGACAUGUAUCCUGUUUACUGGUGUUUUUGGUGGAGUGCAGAGGCUCAAUUUUGCAAAUCACGGGUGACGUGUGAUAUUUUCAUUUGGUUUGUCAAAUCACUUCCAAAAGGUAGGCUACCUGCACAGUUCGUACAACCAAAAUAAUUCAAUCAUCGUUUAUUUUGCCGAUUUUCCGUACUAAACUCGAGAGAUUUAUAAAUAAAAAAAAAAUUUUUAAAGUAGUAUUAAAAAGUAUAAUAUUAAUAUUCUUCACUCUUGUUUCCAAGACAUUUGUUGUAUAAUUUUACUGCUAGUGUUAGUAUUAUAUUGCACUGCAUGUGAGAGGUUAUAGGCCCUCCUGUCAGUCUGUGUUUCUGUUACAAUUCCAUUUAACCUAUAACUUAAAUGAAGAAUAUUCAGUUUAUUCAUUCCAGAAUAAGACCUUAAGCGGGAUAUGAGCUACUAUCUGGAAUACUGUGCGCAUGUAAAUUUGGUCACUGUGCUGCCUAGGGUCGUGUUUCCGAGACUAAGAUCUGUUUGACUUGCCUAGUUAAAUAAAGGUAAACAUUUUAAAAAAGGCCUAUAGCGUGGUGUCGGGUAAGUGAACUCCCACUCUUAGACACAAGAGGGCAGCAGAUCCCUUCUGUCACAGCAUCUGCCUGUGCAGUUGGUCUGAGAGGGCUGUUAAAGCCAUUUUCUACCGUUUGAAUAAAUGUGAACAUGUAAAGGAUAAUAAACAAAAAAUGAAAUGCUGCUGUCGCAUGUUAUUUUAUAAAGUUUUCAAUAAAAUCUAAUGAAAAAUUUGAA